CACCAGAAAUCGCCAGGACAGGCACACAGGAACACCUGAUACUCAACACAGACUUAACUUUGAAAAGACUCAAGAAAUGGCUGGGAAAAAAUGGAUUCUCCUUGUCUCCGGCUCAAAGGGCUGGGAACAUUACAAACACCAGGCCAAUGUGUGCCUUCAUUAUCAGCUUAUCAAGAAACAUGGAAUUCCUGAUGAGCAGAUUGUGGUGAUGAUGUAUGAUGACAUCGCUCACAAUCCAAAUAACCCGGCAAGUGGAGAAAUUAUCAGUGUAGUUGAUUCAAAAAACGUGUACUCAGGAGUUCCAAAGGACUACACUGGAGCGGAUGUGACCCCAGAGAACUUCCUGUCUGCUCUUCAAGGGGAGAAGAGAACGGACCAAAAAAAAGUCAUAGCCAGUGGACCCGAUGACAAAAUAUACAUCUACAUGACCGGUGUGGGACAAGAAGGCGGGUUUCAGUUUCCUGAAAAGGCACUUGAUCCCAAAGCUUUCACUGACGCGCUCAAGAGCAUGCAUGAUGGCAAAAAGUUUUCAAAGAUGGUGAUAUACAUGGACAGCGAUUACUCUGGAUCGAUGUUCGAAGGACUUCCCGAGGAUAUAGAGGUCUUUGCAUUGACUUCAUGUCACAAAUUCAUCGAAAACACUCCCACUGAUUACGAUGACCAGAGAGAAGUCUACCUCUCUGAUUUAUUCUCAAGCCAUUGGUUGAAGCAUCUUAACACGGUUGACUUUACUAAAGACACAUUCCAUAAUCUGGUAAAGAAUAAACAAUCUAAAUAUCUCAAAAGAAAUCCUGAUGGACCCCAUCCCUGUCAGUUUGGGGACAAGAAAAUCAUGAGUUGUCACCUUAGUGAAUUUCUGCAAAAAUGAACACCCAACAAGCUGUCCAAACCUUGUUCCAGAAAACAUCCAGCUGAGGCUCAUGCAAAUGACCAGAGUGAUUCUGAUGACCUUUUAUACUAGUUUCUUGUUUCAGACUUUAGCUUUAUAAUUAAAAUUAAAUGUAUUGCAGAAUAGCAUACACUAUCAUUAGAAGGUUCCUGGUUUGGGGUUGAUUUUUUUUCUUUCGUUCUUUAUUUCUUAUAUUCUUAUGUUCACCAAGCCUGGAUUGUUUGAUCAAAAAUAGAACCUAAAAAAGUCAUAUUGUGAAAUAUUGUACCAAAAAUAAAAUAAAGCUGGGAAUAAGGUUAAAAAUCCA